UGCCGUCACUAGCACCCGAAUACAUACAGGAAAAAAUCGAAACUUUAAAAUCAGCAAAGGGAAAAUAUGGUGUUCUUUUCAAAAGAAAAUUUGUUGAAAUAUCAAUUAGCCGCCGUUGGGAAGGGCCGCGAUAAUGGAUUUCGUUCAAGUUUCGGAGGAGGAGGGUGACGAGCCCAUCGAGCUGCCGGCUGAAGAGGAUGGCACCCUGCUGCUGUCUACUCUUCAGGCUCAGUUCCCUGGAUCCUGUGGUCUCAAGUACCGUAACAUGGACACCAAAGCUGUGCGAGGAGUUCGCUCCAACGAGGGAAGACUCUUCCCGCCCAGCGUGGACUCUGGCUGGGGCGAAUAUAUAUAUUUCUGUGUGUUUCCAAAGGAAAACAAACGCAAGAGCGACGAUAACUUAGAGAACUCAACCGCAAAGACAAAACGCAUCGAAACCCGUUUACGGUGCACCGAUCUUAUCGUCCUAGGACUCCCCUGGAAGACAACCGAGGAAAGUUUGCGAGAAUACUUCGAGAGUUAUGGCGAAGUGCUGAUGGCACAGAUCAAAAAGGACGGGAAGUCUGGCCAGUCCAAGGGCUUUGGAUUCGUGCGCUUUGGCUCUUACGAUGCCCAGAUGCGCGUCCUGUCCAAUCGCCACCUAAUCGACGGGCGUUGGUGCGAGGUCAAGGUGCCCAAUUCCAAGGGAAUGGGCCAUCAGGUGCCAUGCAAAGUGUUCGUUGGUCGCUGCACAGAGGACAUAAAUUCUGAUGACUUGCGGGAGUAUUUCUCCAAAUUCGGCGAAGUUACGGACGUGUUCAUACCCCGUCCAUUCCGAGCCUUCAGUUUUGUCACAUUUCUCGAUCCCGACGUGGCGCAGUCUCUGUGUGGGGAAGAUCACAUAAUUAAAGGCGUUUCGGUUCACGUGUCGAAUGCUGCCCCAAAGGCCGAGCAGAACAGAAACCAGCAGGGUCAGAGCUACAACUACAACUCGGCCAACGGCUUCGGCAUGCCCGCUUACCAUCCGCAGGGCGGCAGCCACAUGAAUCCCGGGCGAAACGGACACCACAGAGGUAAUAACCAACACAAUGCGCAUGGAGGUGGUGACAACUCGAUCGUCGCCAAUAGUCAUGGCAGCCACGUUGGCAGUGCCGGUUACGGCAUGGGAGGCAAUAAUUAUGGUGGAAAUUCGGGGGGUUACCAUAACAAUGGCAGCAAUCACUCUAGUGGCGGGAACGUGAACCGCCAGGACGGUAGCACCACCUAUAAUAGGCAGGCGAAUUUUCACGGAAUGAACCAGCCGCACAACGGCAAUGUGGGCGGCAACGGAGGCUGGAUGAACCGCGGCCAUCUCGACAUGCCCAACCUGCAAGCGCUGGGCAUCAAUUCUCAGGGAUCCAGCUCUUCGAACCAGGGUCAAAACAUGAACAACCCGUCGAUGCUUAAUUUAAACUCAUUGCCGAUCAACCCAGCGCUGGUUGCUGCUGCCCUCAAUCAGUGGAGCCUUGUUGGCAAUCAGCUACAGAAUCAAAACCAGGACCAGCAGGGCGGAAAUUUUUUAUCGUGGAUGGCCCAAAACGGUGGCCACAACGCCAACAACAACAGCAAUUUUGGGGGACGUAAGGGAUCGAAUAAUCCGAAUAACACCGGAGCCGGUGGCAUGAUCAAAGCCGACAACUCGGGUUGCAACGAUCCACAACAGAAUGGCAAUUCCGGCUGGUCGAAUCAGAGCAGCGGCUCGCAAAACUCUGUGGAAAAGUCAAACUUUCUUUAAAGAUGCGAUACCAGUUCGAUUUGGUACCAACUUAUAAAAUGUACGAGUGUGUUUAAGAAUCUAUACUACUUUGAUUUAACCAAAACCCUUCAGUAGCCUACUUAAAUAAUUAUGUACACUCUACAUUUAAACGAAAUGGCUAAUUGUAGGUAUUUAAUAAUAUGUACUUGAAAUCUUUAAUAUGUUGUAAGUUCGAGAAUGGCGGCGGUAACAAUCCAAUACAUUGGUGGAGCCUUCAGUUAAGGAUAAUUAAAACUAUAUGUAUGGUGGUCAAAAAAAUGUUUCAAGUACUCAUUUUAUAAACUAACUAGUAAAAAGUGUACUUUUACUUUUGUUUACCACUGUUCCUGGUUUAGAGAGAAAAAUAAAAUUACGGAAGAGGCGCUCCAAAAACGGGAAGAGCCAUGAAUUGGAUAACAAAAAUUGUACAAUUUAUAGAUCCCUCUGGGAAAUAAAAAAAA